AUGCCCAUCGAGUUCAACUCAUAUUGCGCAUUCUGCGGGUUCAUCCUGGCUGGGGCUGGUGCGCCAGAGCCCACUCCUCGCCGCCGCCGGCUAUGGGACGAGGAAGUGCGAGGAUUGACGAUCAUGGACGAUUCAGGCUCCCCAUCGCUUACCGGAGUGGGCUUGGUAUGCCCCUACAAGCGUCUAUCCGCGCCUCAUGGCCGCGACUUGACCUACCGUGACCACCAGUUGUCCGGGGACUGGGGCAUUCGCACCACGGAUUUGGGAUCUUGGGCAUUCGGGAUUCACGACGCCUGCUGGCAGAUGCUUCGAUUCCGGCUCCAUGGCUGGCAGGAAAGAGAUAUUAUCACUUCGGCGUUCCACCAGCUACUGUGUGUGCCUCAUAUUAAAUCUUCCUGGAUCGGCUUUCACAACGACUAUAUCGACCAGUUUAGAUGGUCUGACCCUUUCGCAAUUUCAUUCACCGAUAUCGAGCAAGAAGCGAUGCCCCUGCCCUCAUCGUCCGGGGGUUACUUGCAGGCUGGAAGCUGUCGGACCUUUUACCCGCUGUCUACAGAGCUAAUACACGAGGUCUUGUCCCAUCUAUCAUGCAAAGAGGUCGCGAAUCUCCCUCAGUCAUAUUGGCGAUCUCGAUUCUUCCUCGGCCAAGAGGCAGACUUCCUGUUCCCAGAUUUCUCAGAAACACGAGACUGGCGUGCGCUUUUCUUCGGACAAAGGCACCUGCUUCAAAAUGAUGAAAGCACGUCGCUACUUACUCGAAGGAGGAUUUGUACUAUGGUUGAGCCCUUUGCGCGUGUGCUGGAAGACGCUGCUGUUCCUUUGCCUGGUGUCUUUGGCAUCACUGCCCAUCGAGUCCCGGGCGAAAAGUCCCGAUUUCAGAUUAUAACCAGUGACGGUGCUAUUCAAGGGCCUGUUGUUCUGGAAGAAUGUAACCUGUUGACCGCCGAUAUCACCUCUAACAACACACACGACCUAAUUUCUCAUGGAUGUCGUGUUGUCGAUCAUGUAACAUGCAGCCUCCCAAAUCCCCACCAGUACACCCAGGGCAGGAUAGCAGUAUCGACAUUUCAUAUUGGAUUAAUGACCUUUAUAGCCGGUAUAGGGGUAUUCCCAUUUGCCACGAGUGACGAUGAGUCGUGCAUAAUUGGGUUCCAUAACUCUGGGACAACGAAAUGGUUUGACAUGCCGACUGCCUCGUCCAUUGAACGAAUCCAUGUUGCCUUCGCCGAGGAGGGACUGACAGGUGUGAUGUUUGCCUUUACGGAUGAUACCCAAUCUACUUGGACUGGCGUCAGCGAAGGCAGCAGAAUCGCGCAGGGUUUUUUCGACGUAGCUGGGAGACCACAAGGCCGUUAUCUGAUGGCAGGCGUUGAUCUAUAUAGAAUCGUGUCUCUAGGCGUGUAUUCUCGAAAAGACCCAACUGUACAGGCCGAGACGACACCCGAAACAGCUUCACAUCUACAAAACCAGCUUUGGAUUCCCCGUCCGCCGACUUAUGACGGCCUACAACUGACUCCCCUAUACCCAGAGAUGGAACCCCCACCCUUCGAGCCGCUCCUUAAUGUUGACUUUGGUGGCCCUGGUGGAGCUCACCUCAGCGAGUUAACUGGACUUGUAUGCUACAUGGGCUACGACCCACAUCCCCUUCUUGGAAUGCAGGCAAUAUACGCCGACGGCAGAACCGUCCUGUUCGGCUCUACACAUGCCUGCGAGGUGUACUUUACUAUUGCCGGUCCAGAUGGUGAACGUGUCACCGAAGUCAGUAUUUUUCACGGGUUCGUCGAAUUCCCACCACCCUGCGUGGAUGCAGAAACCGUGCCCACCCGUCUUAGUGGUUUGCAGUUCAAAACAAACUAUGGUCGAACAGCGGAUUUUGCUCCGAUUCAAUCUCGGGUGACGAACAGGUUACAUAUCAUGCAAAAGCCGGCGUCGAACCAUAUAAUUACUGGCCUUGUAGUCCGCCGCAUGCCAUCAAAGGAUCCAUUCAUCCAAGUCGCGGUUCAAUCCCAACCGUGCUUAGCAUCCUCCGUGCCGUCCAGCCAGUUCGCUCCUCUUCCGGAGCCCGAGAUCUGCAAAGAAUCACUGCAACAUGAUAAACGUUUCUCGCUUUUUAUUAGAUCCCGAGGAGCGGGUAACUACCAGACCCACGCAUCGCUCAAGGGCGUUCGCAGAAUCCAAGCCUCAACCGGUGCCGAGGGUCGAUGUAGGCGUUCUGCUCGUAUAUCUGGCCUGAAGUUGCUCUACGAUAACGCGCCCACUGCUAUAGUCGGGCAGUGGAUGGUGGAACAAGAAUGUUUUGACCUAGCCCCGGAUGAGGGUAUCGCAUAUCUCACCGUUUGGAUACUUCCUGUAGCGGGGCCGCCAGAGUGGCGCCCGGCGCAACGGGGCCAGGUCGUGGCUCUUCGAUUCGAUACCACCAAGUCUCGCCAUAUAACAUUCACUGCACCUGAUUCUGACACUCCUCGUUCAAGGUGUCUACGUCAACAGUUCGGAAACGGAGAUGGAUACAAGCUCACGGAUAUUUACUGGGUCAUGAAUUUCUGGUUCGAGAGAAUCAGGGCAAUCGGUCGGGGGACGUUUGAAAGAGCCUCAGUAUUAGAACCGGAGCAAGGUGAUGUGGCAGAACAGACUCAGAAGCUGUACUUUGACAGGAUGGAGCAUAGAGGCUCCAAUGACCCGGUAGUCACUGCAAACGGCUGGCUCGACCAGGGCAAGUUGCUUGGGCUAGAGUUUAUAUAUAUGUCUGGUGUAACUGCCCGAGUCGGCGAGAUGCACACGACAUUUGGCAACAUUCAAACUGUGCACUUCCCGAGGGAUUGUACGUAUGUUGGUAUAACAACUGGUAUUAAGGAUUCCUAUAUCCGCGUUCUCAAGUUCGAAUUCGAGGCCUCAAACCAGUCUCCUUUGCCAACGGAAUACAAGACCUUAGGCUUUGGGCCGCCUUCGUCUGAUGAACAAAAACUUCCAGACUGUGACUGGGGGCAGGUCGGUGCAGACGAGCAAGGACCGCGGGGUCCCUCCCGGCCAUGGAAUACAGAACGUAUCUACACACCCCCUAAUGGGACGAGGCUCGUUGGGGUCUUUUUUAAUUGUCAGGUGUUUGCAUCCGUGGGGGGGUUGUAUGAGCCUGUAUAG